ACGGUGCUGCUACAAAUAGGGAUCUCGAUUGGCAUAAUGGCAUCGUUCAUGGCAAGGCAAGCCGAAGUGAGCAAAGUCAGACAUGGCUUAGAAGAUGAGCUUGAGAUGAAAGACUCGUUGAUUGUGAAGGAAAGGGCAGCUGAGAAUUCAGAGUCUAUAAGUAAUAUUGAAGCUGAGCUUGAAGCUGAACUUGAAAGGCUAGAAAUUAACAUGAACAUCUCCAACAUUGAGAUGGAGCCGGAUUUGGAGGUAGAAUUUGCACAAGGUGAACUGAUAGCUGACCGGGUUAGAGGAAAGCGUGAGUCCAACCAAGAUCCAAGUGGUAACUCCACACCAGAGUCAGGAAACUAUGCUGUCUCACCUCGGGAGUUGAGCUUGCGGUUGCAUAAAGUUAUCAACUCACGUCUUGAGAAACGGAUUACAGAGCUGGAGACUGCACUCCAAGAGAGCCAGAGGAAGGUGGAUCAGCUGGUCAUGGAAUCAGAAAGCAAGAAGAGUUCAUGGUCCAGAGUAUGGGAAGCCCGUGAAGUGAUGACAUAUAAGAGUGACUCGAUUGGUAUAGAACAAACCAAGACUAACCUUACUGGGAUGCAACCACUGGUUAUGAACUUAACAGGUGAAGCACUUGAUGCGUUCAAUGAAUCUUACGAUGAGUUGAUGAACAUAAACGAUGACUCUGAAGAGGAUGAGUCACCACUGGAGGAGAUGCAAGAGAGCGAGCUUCACCAUGAAGAUUUAUCUUCCACCUCGCCUUGGAGCCACCAUCAUCAGGAUGAUUACAAGGUUCAGGAGCAGGAGCUGCUAGAUUUUAUUGGUUUGGAAGAACAAGAUGAAGAAAGCAGUGACUUUGAGAGUGAAAUGGAGAAGCAACUGAUAAAGCAGAUUGUUGAGAAAACAAAACAAGGGUCUCCUGUUGUGUUGAAUGCUCAGAAGAUGCUUUUUCUCAUGGAAGAAUCAGAACAAAAUCUAGAAAAGUAGAGCCACAUUUAGAGUAUCUUGAAUAUUCAAGUCUGGUUGAUGUAGUUACUUGCAUAUGAAAAAAAAACAUGAAAUUUUCUCAUAUCAGACCACAAUCAAAGCCUGAAACAAAGCUCAUAUUUUCUGUGUUAA